AUGGAGCCCUCUCCUGCCACGGGGGGAUCGGAGACCACUCGCCUGGUGAGCCCCCGAGACCGCGGCGGCGCCGGUGGCGGCCUGCGCUUGAAGAGUCUCUUCACAGAGCCCUCGGAGCCCCUCCCUGAGGAACCCAAACCUGUGGAGAUGCCCUUCCACCAUUGCCACAGGGACCCCCUGCCACAGCCGGGCCUCACCCCUGAGAGGCUGCAGGCGCAGAGACAGCUGUGUGCUGCCUGUGCCGUGUGCUGUGUGUUCAUGGCUGGGGAGGUGGUCGGGGGCUAUUUGGCACACAGCCUGGCCAUUAUGACCGAUGCAGCCCACCUGCUGGCGGAUGUGGGCAGCAUGAUAGGCAGCCUCUUCUCUCUUUGGCUCUCUACCCGUCCAGCCACCCGCACCAUGACCUUUGGCUGGCACCGCUCAGAGACUCUGGGGGCUUUGGCCUCUGUGGUCUCUCUCUGGAUGGUCACUGGCAUCCUCCUGUACCUGGCCUUCAUCCGCCUGCUGCACAGCGACUACCACAUCGAGGGGGGUGCCAUGCUGCUGACCGCCAGCAUCGCAGUCUGCGCCAACCUGCUAAUGGCUUUUGUGCUGCACCAGGCCGGGCCCCCGCACAGCCACGGGUCUAGGGGGGCGGAGUAUGCACCACUGGAGGAGGGGCCGGGGGACCCCCUGCCCCUCGGGAACACCAGCGUCCGGGCAGCCUUUGUGCAUGUGCUGGGGGACCUCCUGCAGAGCCUUGGGGUACUGGCCGCCUCUGUCCUCAUCUACUUCAAGCCUCAGUACAAGGCAGCUGACCCCAUCAGCACCUUCCUCUUCUCCAUCUGUGCCCUUGGAUCCACGGCUCCCACCCUCCGAGAUGUUCUUCGUGUCCUCAUGGAAGGUUCCCCCCGAAGUGUGGGGUUUGAGCCCGUGCGGGACACACUGUUGUCAGUGCCAGGAGUCCGGGCAACUCAUGAGCUGCACCUGUGGUCCCUUACGCUUACUUACCAUGUUGCCUCCGCACACCUGGCCAUUGACUCCACGGCUGACCCUGAAGCUGUCCUGGCUGAAGCCACAUCCCAGCUCCACUCCCGGUUUGGAUUCUCCAGCUGCACCCUGCAGGUUGAGCAGUACCAGCCCGAGAUGGCCCAGUGCCUGCGCUGCCGGGACCCGCCCCAAGCCUGAGCCGAGGCCCCGCCCUCACCCCACUGCCAGGCCCUGGCUCAGGCCCGGACUCUCAGUACCUGCCUCCCUGCUCUUGCAGAAGGGACAGAGCUGGGCCCGUACCCCUUCCUCUCUCCCUCCUUCCACUUGCCCACUCCCUAGCUCCCAGCCCCGGUGGGCAAGAC